AUGGCUUACCAUCAAAGAUCUUCAAGCGCACCUUCCAGCCCGCGCUCAAACAAGCCUGAAAUCGAGCAGCAGCUCCAGAGCCUGAGCAUAGCCAUCACUUCGCCAUCGGCGACCAUCGAUACGUCAUGCGAUGGUUUGAGGAGACUUGAAGGCAUGUACAGCUCCAUCGAGGAGAUGAUAUGCACGCCCAGCAACCAAGUCAGCCUUUGCCAAACUCAGCAAAGGAAUGCAGUGGAGGCAGAGCUUGGACGGUCAGUCGUCUUGCUCGACCUCUGCAACGCCAUGCUCGAGAGUUUCAUGGAGCUGAAGAUGACUGUUCAAGAGCUCCUCUUGGCUCUCAGUAGAGGAGAAGAUGCAUGUGCUCAAGUCAAGGCGUACAUCCGGCUAUCCAAGAAGGCACAGAAACAGUUCAAGAAGAUCAGCAAGAAGAGUGUUUCUGACAAGGACUGUAGGGUGGUGAUGCUUAUGGCAGAAGCGAGAGAGAUGACCAUCUCUCUGCUUGAAUCCACAUGCAGAGUCCUGUCAAAACAAGUCGAGAUGCCCAAGACAUUCCAGAGGAGUAAAUUCAUGUGCGAAGAGGAGAAACUGCGGGCACUAGAGAGCAGCAUCGGUGAUCUUGAGAUCGGAGUGGAACUUCUGUACAGGAGAUUGAUCCAAAACAGAGUUUCCCUCCUGAACACUCUUAGCUUGUAA